UGGAAUAGCGCGAGGCAACGCGGAACACAGUCACUAGCUAGGUAGCUAGCUCAAUCACAAUUCAGGAUUACCCAAGUAAAAAGUUGUGAGCCUUACAUUAAGGCCCCGACACUCUCCUGUUGAGAUAAAUCGCUGGGAUAUAGAGAAUAUUGCCAACUUUAACGUAGUACUCUAGCUAUAAACUAUUUGAUCAGUUCAGCAUACAGUAGCUGUCAUCAAGCCAAGGGAUGAUUGUGGCCGGGUUGAGUGGUGUGUCACGAUGUGCGUUACCGGCAAGGAACAGCAUCAUCAGGCCGCUAAAAACAGUGCGUAGCAUCAUUUCCCCCCUGUCUCAAGUCAGUCCCGUGGCUGGCAUUCACUCCUCGUCAUUAACGGAGAAAGAACACCCCAAAGUCCUCAUAACAGGGGGGCUGGGCCAGCUGGGGGUGGGGCUUGCCAAGAUGCUGCGGAGACGAUUUGGGGAAAACAAUGUGAUUCUGUCAGACAUCAGAAUGCCGCCCAAUGAUGUCUACCACAGUGGUCCGUUUAUCUACUCUGACAUCCUGGACUGUAAGAACCUGAGGGAGAUUGUGGUUAACAACAACAUCAGCUGGUUGGUCCACUACUCUGCUGUGUUGUCUGCUGUGGGAGAGGACAACGUAAGCCUGGCUAGACAGGUCAACAUCACAGGUUUCCAUAACAUAUUAGACAUAUCAGCAGAACAUGGUCUUCGUGUGUUUGUCCCCAGCACUAUCGGAGCCUUCGGGCCCUCCUCACCUAGGGACCCCACCCCUGAGCUGUGUGUGCAGAGACCUCGCACCAUAUAUGGUGUCUCCAAAGUCCACGCUGAGCUGAUGGGAGAGUACUACCACCACAGGUAUGGGCUGGACUUCCGUUGUCUCAGAUACCCAGGGAUCAUCUCUGCUGACUCCCAGCCUGGUGGGGGCACGACGGAUUACGCUGUCCAGAUCUUCCACGCGGCUGUGAAGAGCGGUAGGUUUGAGUGUAACCUGCGCAGCGACACCAGGCUGCCCAUGAUGUACAUCGACGACUGCCUGAGGGCCACGCUGGAGGUGCUGGAGGCCCCCGACGAGGCCCUGGGCUCUCGCACCUACAACAUCAACGCCAUGAGCUUCACUCCCCACGAGCUGGCUGUGGAGAUGCAGAAGGUGCUGCCUGAGUUGAGGGUCACGUACAACGUGGACCCUGUCAGACAGGCUAUAGCGGACAGCUGGCCAAUGGCGUUUGACGACAGCGCGGCACGGCGGGACUGGGGUUGGAAGCAUGAAUACGACCUUCCGGAACUCGUCCAGACGAUGCUCACUCACAUCACCCCUGGCAACCGGCUGGCACGCGCCUACUAAGGCCGGCCCAGGUCUCGCUCCCAGACCUUAAACGGACUUCCUGGUUGUUGCCGCAGAUAUAGAGUAAAGUGUGUUUCAACCCAAAGGGCCACGAGACAAACAAUAGAACCAAAUCUCUUUCUAAAAGAAACAUAAGCUACUUUAUUGUUACGAUAAAUUUGCUUACAUAGCCUAACCCACGGGCUUGGUUUCUGAGUAUGUUAGAAUUGACGAAUAUUUCUGUUUCUAGAUUUGCAAGCAUAGUUUUUUUUUUAGACACUCCUGUUAAGGCGUCAUGUCAGAUACCCAGCAGCUGGCUGGCGUUCCUGACGAGUUCUGCUUGCCUUUUCAGUGAUUUUACAGUCGUCCAGGUAGUCCUGUACUGUACAGUUGUACUCACAACUCCCACGAACCAUGAGGAUGCUUUUUUAUAACCAAAGCUAUGGGUGCUGUAACCACAGCUACGGGGUGCUGUAUCCAUAGCACGCGCUACGGUGCUUAAACCGUAGUGGCCUGAUGUCAGUGUCCACUAGUUUGCUGUACUGAUGUUAUCCGAAGGAUGCAUUUUAUCUGGGAUGGCACGUGUUAGACAUACAUAGGUUGAAUAUAAUAUACAAUAUACACUCAGCAUGGGUCAUCAGGUUUCCCAGGAGUCCAUGCGCACUGUCAUUAAAGCAAAAAGGGGAAAUACCAAUAUAUUAAGGAAAAGUUUGGCAAAGAUUCAACUUUUCCCCUUAAAAUGACGCUGAUACACAUUUUAAUAACAUUCAAAACAACUGCAAUAUAGAAAUAUCUUGACUAGUGGUCUCAGGAUUUUGGACACUACUGUAAAUGUAUAUUUUAGGCUAUAUAUAUAUCGGAAUGAUACUAGAGCCAUAGAUUGAAGGAAGUUUUUUUUUUAAGGUCUGUUCUGUUUUUUGAUGUUUAACUUAUUUAUUCUGUUUUUUUGUUGUUGGAGUUUGUUACAGAGUGUAUAAUUGUGAAACAAGUGCUAAGUUUCUUCUCUGGUGUGUUCGGAAUGUAGCUUAUGGAGUUCUGAGUGUUAAAUUAUUGUAUUGAAAUGCUACUUAUCUCUUGGAUCCCAUAAUACUAAAGCUUUCAGUAUUCACCCAAUAUCGGGCAAGCUAGACACUCCACAGUCCAAUAAUGAAUGGAUCUUGAAUUGAAACAAGUACUGCAGUUAUUUAUGUAAUUGUUUGUCAAACCAAAAUAUACUUUUUUAAAUUAAAUAUUAGAAUUUGUGUA